CCUGUACUUCUUUGUCUGUGGGAAGUGCUAAAAUAAGCACUGGAGUGGCUGGAUACAAGCACAUCUCCUUCUCACCACUUUGUUGCUCUGCUCUGAAGCAACAGGCUUUCCUGUUUUUUGUUGUUGUUGUUGUUGUUGUUGUUGUUUUGUUUGUUUUUUUUGCCAUAAAAGAAGAACUGUGCCAUGGAUAAAAGGAUUGCAGUCUUCAUCUUUUCCUGUAUCCUCCUUCUAAGGACAGUUUCAGGUGCAAGUACGUUUGAGCCUAGUUCUGCAUCCCCUGAAGGUACUGAUUCAAGUCCUGAAGACCAUGUCUCUUCGCUAUCUACCACUGUGGGUACAAAUUCUGCUAAACCUAGUUCUCCACCAGUUUCAGAUGCAAGUAUGUUUGAGCCUAGUUCUGCAUCCCCUGAAGGUGCAAAUAACGGUUCAGUUUUUGAUAAACCUAGUUCGUCACCACCUACAGGCAAAAUGUCCACAAGCAUGGUAACAAGUCCAGACUCAUCCAGUCCAAAACCAGUUACAACUGUAAGCAGUUGGAUUGACACCUCAACAACAACUCCAAAGUCAGACACUACUUCAACCACCAAAUAUACAAGUCUGUCGAAUAACACAUCUACCACCAAUUCUGCUUCAGUGCAAGCAUUUUUUGAGCCCAGUGAAAACCCCGCUGAUCACAAAGAUUCCAAAGAGAGUUCAGAAAAAAGAUACCUAUGGAUUUUGUUGCCUGCUCUUUGUAUUCUACUGGCAGCACUAAUAUACUUGAAAUUCAUGUGCAAAAAAGUCCAGCAUCGGCCAGAAAUGACUGACAAUGGAACAGAGAAUGCUUCUUUUCAGAGGACAGAGAGUAACAAAGAUGGUGUAAUGCUGUUAGGAGUUAAUAAGACAGCAAUCGGAGAAGAUAAUACAAGAUAAGUGGAAGAAAAUACAACAGGAGAAUCUGAAAAGGCUUCACAUCCACACACACUGUUACUGCUCUGAAAAAUAAAAGAACCAAUAAAGACUGAGAAAGUUAAGGGCGAUGACUUGAUUUCUUUCUUAGAUCUGUUGGAAAGAAUUGAAUAGUUUUAAGACCAAAAUGUAUGUGUUUCAAUACAAGUUUAAAAUGUCAAGUGUUGGAAUAGACUACAUUUUUUAAAUAAGAUUUAAAGCACUAAUUCUCCACCAUUGAUUACACUAACUCUGAUUUUCAGUGGAAAACACAUUUAGCAAAAAUUUAGUUAUUGUAACGUGAUUUUAUGAGACCCGGUUGGAAAUUAAAGAGUGAAAUUGCUGAAUUGUUCCUGAAUUGUUGCUGAAAAAUUUUACAUAUCACUUUCUUAGUUUGUUAUGUUUCCUAAUAUAGUGUCAUGACAAUAGCUUUCUUGAAAUCUGAAGUAUGUCAUUUCUGCACCACAAACUAUAAACUUUUUCAAAACAGCUUUCUAAAUACACCCCCUGUCUGCUGUGGAACAAACAAAGAGAUAAUCCCGCCCCCAACUCACGCCAUUGGUUGAAUAACGUUGUUGGGGCGGGUCUAAGCGGGUCGCUCAAAACAAACAGAGCAAUUUUCCUAGUGCCACAGAGGAACAGUGCUUACAAUUGUAUCUGCAUAUUAAGCUGGGACAGGAGAAAGUAUUUUAACACAGAAAAAUUGACAUACUUCAGCUUUAAAUUGCCCUUUUUAUAUAUUUAGAACUACCUGAUUGGUCUCUGUUUUUAGUUUGCAAAUUGUUCGUUUUUUAUUUAACUGUGCAUUACCUAGGAAUAUUAUUUUGUACUGUCACUAUUUCUGUUUGUCACCAAUUCUUUAGCCUGUAGUAUAAAUUGUGUACUCUUUAAAUACCUGCUGUACCAUCUAUUACACUGGAUAUAUUUUUUAACUUUUUUAUGAAUUUGAUAGGCUGAAUUAUUAAGAGAAUUAUAUUGUUUUGUUGUUAUUUUUGUACAUGUACAUGUUGGUAUGAACUGAUAACUUCUUGGAUAACUAAUAAGAUCUUGGAAAGAUGUCUUUUUGUGUGUUCAAAUGAUUCAAUGCACUGUUAUUUAGGCAUCAUUAAAAUUAU